AUGGCAGCAAAGAAACCAUGGAGAAUCAUUCCGAGACCCCUCCUAGAAACCAUCCUCAACAACCACGCGCAGCACCACCGAGUACCCCAACCCCUCCUCCUUCACGGCCCCAGAGGCGUCGGCAAAACCACCCUCAUUCUCCAACGUUUACUCCCUGACUGGAACAAAGGCCCUCAUCUCACCGGUUACGUUGACUUUGCGGAGCUUAUGAAAGGCAACCUGGGCACAUCACCCGGCCCGUGGGCCUCCUGGUCCACCUGUCCUCAGCCCCGCCUCUCUGAUUGCCGCAAAAUCUUGGAGCAUUGCGUGGAGUCCAUGGUCGAGAAGGGUGUCAGCGCAGGAACCAUCACCUCCCAACAAAUAUUCACUACUCUCAACAAAUGGCACGGCCUCACCGCCGCCCUUCGCCACGUGCUGCAGAGCAAGUCCCGUGCUUCGGACCGGGCUUCCCCUGCAGCGCUAUGGGAACGUGCCGUAUUCGCCAUGUCCAGGGAAUGUACCACGGCCGAGGUUGGUCGGAUUUUGGGAUUUGGGGAGAAUGAGAAGAAUGGCUUGUCCUUUGAGGAGGCUUCUUACAUGAAGGAAUCGGUUGCGGCACUGAAGCUGGCGAAGAAGAUAAUAGCGCUUCAGCAAGGGUGGAGGGCAAAUGCCAUUACUCACAUGAAUCGCACUGGCCUGUUCUCCAGGACUUUGACGCAUUCUUGUACUGAUUGGCCUUGCUUGUUGUUGGAGUUCUUGUCACAAGCUGCUGAAAUUGACCAUUUUCAGCCAAAGCUGGUUAUCAACAAUAUUGAAGUUCUAAAGCAUGCCACUGUAAAUUCCGAGUCAACAGUCAGUGGACCCCUAUAUCAUGAUAGUCUGAUAUGGAGAAUAAUUGCUUUGGGUGCAAAUGAGCGCUGUCUGCCUGUUAUCCUGGUGACAUCUGAUAGUUACUAUUCAUAUGAAGCUUUCUUGGAGUUUGGAUAUAUGGAGAUAUUUAUCUCACGUGAGGUAUCGGUGGAGGGGUUGUUGGGAU